AUGAUAUAUCUCGGUCGAAUAUUCCUCUUGGCCACCUUGUUGGUGGUCUCCGUAAGGCAAUCCGAAUCUGUUUGUGGCUAUGAGUCCUGCCCCGAAACAAAAGCGAACAUGGUUAACAUCCACUUGGUUCCACAUUCCCAUAACGAUGUUGGCUGGCUGAAGACAGUCGAUCAGUCCUACUACGGUUACCUGAAUAAAAUCCAUCACGCUGGUGUGCAAUACAUAUUGGACAAUGUUGUGUCUCAGCUCCUGCAGGACCCCAAGCGUCGCUUCAUUCAGGUGGAGACGGCCUUUUUUGCAAAAUGGUGGAAUGAUCAAUCGGAGACCAUGAAGAAAGUGGUUACCAAGUUGGUGGAAGAGGGACGUUUCGAGUUCACCGGCGGAGCUUGGAGCAUGAAUGAUGAGGCGAAUGUCAACUACCAGGGUGUGAUUGAUCAGUUUACAGUGGGCUUGAAGUUCCUCGACGAGACCUUUGGAGCCUGUGGCCGUCCACGAGUUGGCUGGCAAAUCGAUACUUUUGGCCACUCCCGCGAGCAGGCAGCUAUUUUCGCCCACAUGGGUUACGAUGGUCAGUUCUUCUCACGAAUGGAUCAUAACGACAAGGACACCCGCAUGAAGGACUUAACAAUGGAGAUGAUUUGGGAUGCCAGUGAAUCUCUAAGUGGCGUCAAUCUCUUCAGUGGAAUGCUGUACAACUUCUAUUCGGACACUCCAGGAUUCUGUUUCGAUAUACUCUGCACGGAUGAGCCUAUCAUCGAUGGCGAUAGUGAGGAAAACAAUGUUGAAGAGAGGGUAGAUGUGUUCCUUGAAUAUGCUAAGAACAUGUCAGAGGUGUACAUCACCAACCAUAUUAUGGUCCCCAUGGGCGGUGAUUUCCAGUAUGAGGAUGCCAAAGUCAAUUACAAGAAUAUGGACAAGCUAAUCAAGUACAUAAACGAACGCCAAGAUGCUGGCUCCAAAUACAACAUCUUCUACUCCACCCCGAGCUGCUAUCUAAAUUCCCUACAUCAGAGCUUGGAAUCCUGGCCUAACAAGACCCAGGACUUCUUCCCCUAUGCCCACGAGAAGAAUAGUUUUUGGACAGGGUUCUUCACUUCCCGACCCACUCAGAAACGCUUCGAGCGGGAUGGCAAUCACAUGUUGCAGGUGGCCAAGCAGCUCUCCGUAUUCGCAAAUCUUACGAGUGAAGAGCACAACGAAGAUUUGGAUUAUCUUCGCCAGAUUAUGGGAGUAAUGCAGCACCACGAUGCCAUAACUGGAACUGAAAAGCAGGCCGUAUCGGAUGACUAUGAUCGUAUGAUGUAUGAUGCCAUUAUUGGGGGAUCCAACAAUGCCCGAGAUGCUCUGAGAAUUCUUACCAAUAUGCCGAACGGAGAAUUUAAUAGUUGCCUGAGACUGAACAUCAGUGAGUGUGCCUUCACCAAGGAUGGUGCUGACAACGUGAUGGUGACCCUAUAUAACCCCUUGGCUCAUAGCUCGACGCAGUACGUUCGCAUUCCUGUCAAGGAUGAAAACUACCAAGUCACUGAUGCAAAAGGAAAAAUAGUUCCUUCAGAAGUAGUUCCAGUAGCCUGGCAGGUCUUGGCCUUGGAGUACCGACCAAAUGAUACCCAGCACGAGUUGGUUUUCAUGGGUACAGCCAAUAAAAUAGCCAAUUACUUUAUCAAGAAGGUGGAGAGUUCAGAGAGCAAGAAGAUUAGCCCCCGAGAAAUUGAAGGUUCUGAGACUGUAGUAGAGAAUUCUCUUGUAAAACUGGUGAUUGACAACCAAACAGGACGCUUGAAGUCAGUUGAGAUGAACGGUGUCUCUGAGGAAAUCGUCCAGAACUUUGGCGUCUACAAGACUCAUACUUCUUGUGCUUACACUUUCCGCCAAGAUGGGGAUAUUGAAGUCUUUGAAGAUGAUUUGGAAUUCACAGUUUACGAGGGCAGUUUGGUCAAGGAAGUUCACCAGCGACAGAACGAUUGGAUCUCGCAAGUGAUCCGGAUUUACGAGGGUGUCAAUAGGGUGGAGUUCGAGUGGUUGGUGGGACCAAUACCCAUCGAUGAUAAGCUGGGCAGUGAGUUUGUAACAAACUUUAAGAGUGGAAUUUCAUCGAAUGGAGUUUUCUACACCGACUCCAAUGGCCGGGAGUUAAUGAAACGCGAGAAGGACAAGCGUGAGGACUUUGUUUCGGACUUGAGUCGUCAGCCUGUGAGCAGCAACUUCUAUCCAGUCACAUCCAGGAUUGCUCUACAAGAUGAUAGUAAGCGAUUGGUCCUACUCAAUGAUCGUGCCCAGGGAGGAGCCAGUCUGGAGGAUGGUGCCUUGGAGAUGCUGCUCCAUCGUCGACAUCUCUUCAACGAUGGUGGUGGCGUGGGCGAAGCUCUGAAUGAGACACAGUACGGCAAAGGCUUGAUUGCCCGUGGAAAGUUAUAUCUGGUUCUAGACUCUGUUCAAGAUGGAGAUACCAUUACGGAACGUAAGACUGAAAAGGAGCUCUUCCUUCCCUUUUGGAAGUUCUUCAGCAAGACUAGUGAAAACUCUAUUGCUGCUGUCAAAGGCUUACCUGAUUUUAAUGACCUUCCCCAGUCGAUUCAUCUCCUUACCUUGGAGUCCUUCACGGAGACUGAAAUCCUGAUACGCUUCGAGAACUUCCUGGACAAGUCCGAGGGAAAUGUGAUUAGCUUCAAUAUUCGUGAUAUAUUCGACAGUCUGGGUGGUUUAUCAAUUAGAGAAACCACUUUGGAUGGCAACUUGCCACUGAGCGAUAUGAAGCGUUUUAAGUUCCAUGCCCGAGAAUCUGGAAGUAGACCAUCUGGCGUGGAGUACUCUACGGCUCAGCACAAGUCACUUCAAGCUGACCAAUCGGACGAAGCUUCACUGUUUGUCGUGACGUUAUAUCCCAUGCAAAUUCGCACAUUUAUUAUUAAAACGAAAAACGUUUAAUUGUGACACUAAGAAAAGGCAAUAAAAUUAUACU